AUGAAAAGAUUUGCAGCAGUUUUAAUAGGUGUCAGCAUUACUGGUCUUGCAAUACCAAAUAUUAAUUUCAAUAAUAGUAUUAAUAAUAAUAAUAAUAAUAAUAACAAAAAUACUAAAAUUUCAAGAAUGAAUCAAAAUCAAAAUCAAAAUCAAAAUGUUAAAAAAGUUUUAAUAUCAGGUGCAAGUGGUUUCAUUGGAAAUGCAUUAACCAAAACAUUAACUGAAGGAAAUGAUAAUAAUAGUAAUACUGAUACGAAAUAUGAAAUUUAUAAAUUAGUUAGAAAAACACCAACGUCAAUGUAUGAAAUUGAAUGGAAUCCAGAUAAACAAUUCAUUGAUAAAGAAUCAUUAGAAUCAUUACAACCAGAUGUUGUAAUUCAUUUAGCCGGUGAGAAUAUAUUAGGAAUUUGGACAGAAGAAAAGAAAAGAAAGAUCUUGGAGAGUAGAACUAAAGGUACAACCACUUUAUGUGAAGCAUUAUCUUCAAUUUCAAAUCCACCAAAAGUAUUCAUUUCUGCAUCUGGUUGCACCUAUUAUGGUAGUAAUGUUUAUGAUCCCGUAGAUGAAUAUUCUCCAAAAGGUAGUGGUUUCUUUUCUGACGUCGUUGAAAAAUGGGAACAAAGCUGUGACCCACUUAGAAAACAUAAUCAACAAAUUUUAAAUCAAAAUACUAAUUCAACAAUUAGUAGUAAUGGUGAAGUUGAAGUUGUUGCUGGUGGUGGUGUUGGUGGUGUCGGUACACAAUCAGUUAAACCAACUAGAAUUGUAAAUUUAAGAAUUGGUUUGGUUAUGGAUAAAGCAGGUGGAUUGUUGGGAUCAAUGUAUUAUCCAUUUUUAUUUGGAUUGGGUGGCGUUAUUGGCAGUGGUAAACAAUAUUUACCAUGGAUUAGUUUAAGAGAUGCUAUAGGUGUCAUUAAGUUUGCAAUUGAAAAUGAACAAGUCCAAGGUCCAAUUAAUGUAGUCUCAAUUAAUCCAGCCACAAACUAUGAAUUCACUAAAACAUUAGGAACUGUAUUAAAUAGACCAACUAUCUUUUGGAUACCUGAAACUCCAUUACGUUAUUUGUUAGGUAAAGAUAUGUCUGAAGAAACCGUUUUAUCUAGUCAAAGAGUAUUACCAAGAAAAUUAUUGGACUACGGUUUUAGAUUCCAAGAUACCAAUUUGACAGCAACAUUGGAUCGUAUUGUUAAUGACAAGAAGUAA